CGUAGAGGAUGGGGAGGUGAAGAGACUGUUUAAAUAGGCCGACUUUCUGGGGACGGAGGGAACUGAAGACCUGGGUGAAAGACACAAAGGGCGGGGGAUGUCGAAGAGGAGGAGGAAGAUGGAAGAUGAAAGAGAAGAUGGAUUGAAGCUCUGAGGCUGACGAGGGUCCGGCGCUCUCCGCCGUCAUUCGCUGCUCAUGACCCACUGGGGGCGGUUGCGGCCUGGCGGGAGCGCUUGGCUGCCUGGUUGGUGCCUGGGGCCCGGGCCUCUCCUCCGGUGGUUGUCGAACUGUCAGCAAAAAAAAAAAGAAAAGAAAAGAAAAGAGAAAAGGAAAAGGAUAAGAAAAGAAAAAAAGAGGACAAAGGCUGAAAGGAGACUGAAAGGAUGAGUCGACGGUGAAAAGAUGACUAUUGAACAGUGAAAGAAAACCAAAAACAAAAAGGGGAUAAGCCGGACGUCACCCUUUUCUCGAGUAUUUAAGUACAGAGUACCACCUACAAAGUAAGUAGUAUAGAUCAGUCAGUAUGACUGCUUUCAAGGGAAAGUAGUAGAACUCCAUAUCUACUUCUACUUUGUACCGGUACUGCAAUGGAGGAUGAUUCCCACUGGAAUCGCACC